AUGGCGAUCGAGGAACUGGCGAACUUGUCCCAGGAUGGUCCUGCGGAGUACACCGUGGCACAAGGUGUCUGCUUCAUCAAGCCCUCGGAGGACCCCCAGUCCGGCAAGAUCCUGAAGGCCAAGAGGCCCGUGGGGUCCAAGAUCUACACCACAGGCACCACAUGGAAAGGGCCGCAGGGCGGCCUCUGGGCCGAGGUGGAUGUGGCGAGAUCUCCAGGGGAGAUGGGUUGGGUGCUGGUCUCGGGACCCGGGUUCGGGCUCAGGGGCCCUUGUCUGAUCGACCCGGAGGCCAACGACGGUGCUUCCCAGAUGAUCCACAUCAGGUGGCUCAAGGAUCCCCCGAUCUUCAACUGCAUGAUGCCGAAAGCCGCGACUGUUGGUGACCUUGUGGACACAUUCUGCUCAAGAACUGGUUUGAAUCGCAAGGAGACCAUCCUCACCAAGGGCCUCCCCCGAAAAGCGCCGAACGGAACUGGCGCCCUCCUCCCAGUGGACUACACGGACCCCAAGGAUGUCCUCUUCCGAGAGCAGACGAUCGAGGAGGCACAGAUCAGGGACACGCUGAACUUGGUGUACGUGGGACAUUUUGAUGAGGAUUACAAUCCCAGCUGA